AUGUCAGGACCACCUUCGUCAACAUUGUCCGGAGAAGAGACCAUGGCCAAUCCCUUAGACUCGUCAGCCGAUAAUAGCUCGGCUUUUCAUACUCUGAUUAGGAAUUUUACCCGACUGCCCACAACCCUGAAAACAUUUUCUCUCUCAGAUACCCAUCAUCAUCCGAUUAAAUCGAACAGAUCCGCGAAUGAUGACUCUUACAAUCUUCUUAGCAAGAAUAAUCCAGUCAGGAAGCUGUUUGCUUGUUUAUUUUUGGCUAAUCCGCCAAUCGAUCCUCAUCCGCAACCCUCGCAAUUGGACGAUCGAACGAAGGAUAAUUUAAUCUUGGAUGGCUUCUUAAAAAACAAUGGUGGAUACUUGGACGAUAGUGGAUCGUCCUCCGCUUGCUCCGAGCUCGGCGACGAGGGUGAUGAAGAGGACCAUCCGAAUGCGCACAUCCAUCCGGGAAACAAUCUCAACAUCUUCGCCAAGAAGCAUCAGCCGGAAACUACCGAUCAGGCAGCUCCAGUGACGAGUAAAAGAAGCUUACAUUAUCCACAUCCGUUGAACCCAAACAACCUUUCAAAGAAACUCUUACACUUCCAUUUGAACAACAAGUCCGAUCAUCGACGGAAGCCUGCAACAGUUGUGUUCAAUAAACCAGAACGAUUCGAUUCCGGCCAUGAUCGCCACUCUGUCCACUCUGUCAAGCCGUAUGUCGAACACCUGGAGACGUGUCAAGCCCCGAAAGCAGAACAAGCACGAUUCAAAAAUGCCUAUCUUGAGUGCCCCGAUGGCGUAGAACAGAACCAGGCUCUGGGCAAAUCGCACCUCGCGGGUCGUAAAUGUCAAAGCACGCAACACUGGUAUGGUCCCGAGAACGAUACUGGUGGCCGUGAAGAUGAAGCGGCGCUGAGUUUGAACCUGAAAUACCUCCGAUCGUCAACCUUCCCGACCAAGAACUCGAUCCUUGACUCCCCCUACGAUCUCCGCUCUGGCCGCACUCAGCCCCUAGCUGCCUCCUCCGAUCGCUCGCCUCUCAAUCUCCAUGCACACUCCCCUCAGCCUGGCUCUCUCGACGAUCAUCAUUCCGAUUUCGAUGAAUUCAAGUCCCCGUUUAGGAACUUGGUCUUGGGCCAAGACGAUCUGUUGCGAUCAAAUUGA